GUUUAUGUUCAUGCCGGUCUUUCUUCCUCUCUCAUGGACGUCAGCGGCGCCAGCCCCUUUUCCCAGCUCCGAACACAGGGGGGCUCCAACCACCUCCUGAUGCCCACAUGUCGCUGCUGCUCGAGCGGGGGGCGGGGCCCCCGUGGGCGCCCGGGGAGUUCGGCGGGGGCAUCGUGAGGGUCACCUUCUCCACCAGCGAGCACAUCAACGCCCUGUACCCUGGCAACGCCACGAGCCUGCUCCGGCCGCGCGUGUCGGCGCUGCUUCGGGCCGCGGGGCACGUGGCCCAGGAGUUCAAGCCGACCGUGUACUCCAUGCUGGGGCCCGCCAUCCGCCCGCAGCUGCCGCACUGGACUCCAGGGAGCGGCGACGCCUUCCCGAGAUACACGGUGCCGGCGAUGCAGCUGCGGCGCCUGCUGGCGGAGGCGCGCGCGCUGGGGGAGCCCUUCGUCCUGCACUACGAGCGCCUGCCGGGGACCGUCGGCGACGAGGCCUGGCGGAGGGGCGCCGUGGCCUCGGAGGUGCGCCUGCAGGAGGGCCCGCAGGGCGGCGGAGGCUGCCAGUUCCGCCUGCCCGGCGGCGCGGGCUGGCAGCCCUGUGCGGAGGACGAGGUGGCGCUGCAGCCGCCGCCGGCGGGCGUCGUCGGCAAGACGCUCCUGUGGUUCCCGCUGCCCAUCCUCGACGGGAUCGGGGAGCUGCCGUGCAUAGACUGA